UUCACUCCUGUGCACUUGACCUUCUAGCACUUUAAUCUGCCUCACGGUUUCUUUUUUUGUUUAUGUUUUUCAUUUAUUUGUAACUCCAGAUCUGCUGUAAUACAUGUGCUUGGGCCACUUGCCGAUAACCUUGACGACCUCAGUAAAGACCCCAGUCUGGCAGUAUGACCUCUCCUUAUGCAGCAGUACAGUUCUGCCCAGAGCGAGCCUUUCAACGAUUGAGAGAACCAGCAGCAGCCUGUCUCUCAUGGGCUGAAGGUUCUUUCCUGGCCUCCAUGUCACAAGGCCAGGGCUCUCAGGGUACAGAUAUCCUCGGACAAGACGUCCUCAACCAGCUGCUGGAGAUGCUGGACCAGUCUGCGCUACAUUCAAUGCAGCCUAUCGAGCUCAACUUUUCUGAGGGCUCUGCAGUUGGAUCAGCAUCCAAUACCAUACAGAUUAGUAUGGACUGCAUCACGAUGCGUGGGUCUGAGGAGCCCCUAACAGUGACUGAUGCUGAGGCCUUGUUGGUUUUCUCUGGGCGCGCAGGAGAAUUAGUUGGUUGUGGCUCCCCUCCCAGCAGAGGAAUGCAGUUGUCCGGUAGUAAAGAUGGGGAAAAAAAGGGAGAGACUGAGCAACGCUUUGCUUCUCUGGCCCUGAGGGAUUAUCUUUUCUCUUGA